AGUAUCUCAUAGACAAUACCAUGGCCAAAUACAAUUUCGAAGGAGACCUUGAAAAUAUAAGUGACCCACAACUGGAAUUCAUCAAUCAAGUGAUACAAGAACUAGACAUCAAAGUUAAAAAGGUGACAUUCAAACCUGUAGGUAAGGCUGGUGAUAAUUUUGCAGCAAGUGUAAAGAGAAUAAUCAUUGAUGGAGAUGAUGCAACUAUACGAAUGAUUGCCAAAAUAGCACCUCAAUCCGAAGGCAUCCGUGGAAUUGUGAGCACUCCUAUUACAUUUUCUAAUGAACAUAUCAUAUACACAGAGUUCUUACCAAAAAUUGAACAGCUUCAAAAAGACGCAGGUGUGCCAAAUGAAGACCGAUUGAGGUACCCAAAAUGUUAUGGGUCUUCACUCGAGAAACCAAAUGAAGUGAUACUACUUGAAGACUUGAGUGUAUCAGACUUUAUUAUGCUGGACAAAUUCAAAUCUUUACCAGACAAUUGCGUAAGAAGUAUACUGAAGAACUUUGCAAUACUGCAUUCUCUUUCGUUUGUGUUAAAGCGCAGGGAACCAGAAAAGUUUGAUGACUUUAAACAUAGAUUCACUGAUGUCUGGAGUAUUAAUUCUCAUGACGAAGGAGCAAUAAUUUACAUGGAAAAGCUUGAAAGUGACCUUUCAUCACUUCUUGACGAAGAAUAUCAUAGAAGUAAGAUAAGAAAUAAAAUGAAAGACAUGGUACAUUCUUCCGUUGAGCUAAAUAAAAAUGAGCUCAAUAACCAAUACUCAGUUAUACAGCAUAGCGAUGCUUGGACCAAUAAUUUUAUGUUUCGCUUUAAGGAGGACGAAUUACUGGAAUCGAUAAUUAUAGACUACCAAACGGCGAAGAACGGAAAUCCUGUUAGCGAUAUUUUGUAUACAAUUUUCAGUUCCACCGACUACGAUUUCAGGAAAAACAAUUUCUACGACUGGAUUGACUGUUAUUAUUCAGAACUCGAUAGAUCACUAUCAUACUUCAAUCUCGAAUCAAAAUCAGUAUAUCCAAGAGAACAGCUAGACGCAGAUAUGAAAAAGCACGGAAGUUUCCUUUUCGCCCAAUGCUGCGUCUGUUGCAACAUUAUGUUGCGAAAUAGUGAGGAGGCAGUAGAAGUUUUAGAAGCCAUGCAUAAUUCUGAGGACGUAUCUGUUAUAUUGGAUUCAAUGAGAGCAGACACUUUAGAAGAUGCGUCUCGAGAGAAAAUCAGGGAAAGGAUCAUUGGCCUAAUAAACAGCUUCACUGAAUAUGGACUACUUUAGCAAUAAAUACAUUGAUCACCAUGA